GUCAUAACAUCUCAGUGAGAUCAACUCGAUCUGCAUGUAGCAAGUCGUUUAAAGUAUGUUGGAGGAUAUAACGAGCAGUGUAUCUUUACUAUUAUUAGCUGUCGUCUUGCUAAUAACAUGGAUGUACAUGAACAUACGGCGGCCACCUGGAAUGCCACCUGGUCCAACACCCUACCCUUUCAUUGGGAAUGUGUCAAUAUUAAUGGGAAAAACCGCAGGACAGGAGAUUUUCAGAGAUAUGACGAAGAAGUACGGACCCAUAAUUUCCUUCAAGGUUGGACCUUCCUGGUCUGUAGUAAUCAACAAUUACGAGUUGACACAAGAAGCUUUGUUGACGAAACCAAAUGAUUUUAGUGGACGUCCUACUCUCUAUCUUCUGGAUUGGUUUAGUGACAAUCAGAAGGAUAUUGCCUUUGCUCAACCUACUCCAAUCUGGAAGUUCCACAGAAAACUAGCUCACACCGCUAUCAGUCUACCUUUCAGAAAAUACGCAACUGGCGAAUACUUGGAGAAACUCAUUGAAGAAAUUAUACCGCAUGUGAAAGAUGUCUUGACGCAGAAGGCUUGGGCGCCAUUCGAUCCAGGCGAAGUCGUCACACUCGCAGUCUAUGAUGUUAUUGCUUCAAUGUGCUUUGGCCAUAAGUAUGCCUUCAAUGACACUCACUUGCUUAGAUUCAUCCUGCUAUCAAAAGAGAUGAAUAAGCUAUUCGGAAAUGGUACCCUUGCUGACUUCGUUCCCUUGGCUCGGUUCAUACCAAGUCCAGUAGUCAAUAGACUUAAGAAAUUGGCAACAGAGUUUCUAGAGUUAAUUCAUGAACCCGCCAAUGAUCUAAUAGAGCUUCUUUUACAAGCACAGAAAGAAGCAGAAAAAGAGGGAAAUGAAGACAUUUCCAGUAAAUUAACAGACGUAUAUAUCAAACAAAUCGUGUCAAACCUGUUCAGUGCUGGUACGGACACAUCAUCAACAACAUUACUGUGGUGUAUCGCCUGUAUGGUCGACAACCCGACUGUACAGGAAAACAUCAAGAAGGAACUUGGCGAAGUCAUUGGAGAAAGACCUCCGAGAUUAAAUGACCGCGGAAAGUUGCCGUAUACGGAGGCUACCAUCAUGGAAAUAAUGAGAUUCGGAACAGUUGCACCGCUUGGUGUUACUCAUCGAGCACUCAAAAACUCUUCCAUCGGCUCUUACAGGAUACCUGAAAAUACCUGGGUGUUUGUAAACCACUGGGCACUUCACAAUGACCCACAAUAUUGGGAUGCGCCAGAGAUUUUUCGGCCAGUUGUGUCUUUUAGAAAAUACGCAACUGGAGAAUAUUUAGAAAAUCUCAUAGGAGAGAUUUUCCCUCGUAUUCAGGGCGUCAUGACACAGAAGGCAGGUACACCGUUUGAUCCACGCGAAGUCAUCACACUCGCAGUCUAUAAUGUAAUCGCUUCAAUGUGCUUUGGUCAUAAGUAUGAAUUCAAUGACACUGACCUACGUCGAUUCAUUGAGAUACAAAAAGAAAUCAAUGAACUGUCUGGAAAUGGUACCCUUGCUGACUUCAUUCCCUUGGCUCGGUUCCUACCAAGUCCAACUGUCAACAGAUUCAAGAAAAUAUCAACAGAAAUCUUCAAGAUGUCUCAAAAAGAAAUUAGGCAACAUUUGGAAAGAUAUAGUCCGGAUGAACCCGCUUAUGAUCUAAUAGAGCUACUUUUACAAGCACAGAGAGACGAAUCAGAAAGUAAUGAAGGCAACGGCAAUAAAUUAACAGACGUACACAUCAAACAAAUUAUUCUGGAUCUUUUCCUUGCUGGGACGGACACGUCAUCAACAACAUUACUGUGGUGUAUCGCCUGUAUGGUCGACAACCCUGCUGUACAGGAAAAAAUCAAGAAUGAACUUGACGGAGUCAUAGAAGACAGACCUCCGAGAUUAAGUGAUCGUGGAAAGUUGCCGUACACGGAGGCUACCAUCAUGGAAAUAAUGAGAUUUGGAACAGUUAUACCGCUUGGUCUUACUCAUCGAGCACUUAAAGAUUCUUCCAUUGGCUCGUACAGUAUACCUGAAAAUACUUCGGUAUUCUUUAACCUAUGGGCACUUCACAAUGACCCGAAAUACUGGGAUGCUCCGGAUGAUUUCCAACCAGAGCGAUUUUUGGAUUCCUCCAACUCUGUUAAGCAACGUCUACCAAGCUUUCUGCCGUUCUCCACUGGUCGCAGAGUGUGUGUUGGAGAAUCCUUGGCUAAAGCUGAGAUUUUCCUUCUUUUUACGUGGUUAAUUCAGAAUUACAAAUUCUCCAAGCCACCAGGUGUGGAAGGGCCAGUAGCGAUCGGUGGUCUCCCACAGGCUAUAAAUAUUCCAAAGCCUUAUAAAACUGUUGCUACUCUACGCGAUAAUAACAAGUAAUAAUCAAAUUUAAUAAAUAAUAAUAAUAAUAUAUAUUAUUAUUAAUAACAAUAAUAAUACUGACAAUGAAGAUGAUGACAAUGAUGAUGAUGAUAAUUGUAAUAAUUUGA